CAAUCGGAACAUCCUUUGUUUUCGUUCCAAGUCGUCGUCUGGAGACUAUCCUCCUAUUGCCAUUGGCUUUGAUUUCUUCAAACAUCCAUUUGAUUUGUGUCGGGCAGUGAGCUUUUAGAGAAUGAUGUUUCAUUCUCUUGGGUUACUGUACCUAUUUCUUUAUGUUACAUUGGCAGAAGAUUGUAUUGAUAGGCCAUGUGUAGAGUGCAGGCAUUAUAUUAAACAAGAUGAUCCGUGCCUUCAUCAUGGAACAAAGCCAAUGUUAUUUUGUGAUCCACAAACUAACUUAAUACAAGAAUCGUCCACAAAUUUUUUGGAGUGUGUUCAAAAUCGUUGGGUUCUCCGAGAAUGUGUCACUGGGACCAUUUACGAGUCUGGACGAGGAUGUGUUGAUCCGACGAUUCAGCCGUUCAUGCAAGGAUUUUCAGUUUCUGGUAGUGGAAGGGUUGGAGAUGUUUGUCAGUAUAAUACUGAUUGUUUGAGCGGAAUGUAUUGUGCCACCGGAUUGUGCUCUUGUCUCAGCACCUAUAUUCUACGAGAGAGCUAUUGCUAUGAAAAGGUUAACCCAAAUCAACCUGGAUGCACAUAUGAUGUUCAGUGUGAAGCAGUGUGGCCAGGCUCGAAAUGUCGAAUGGACAGCUCUAUCGGAACAUGUAGAUGUCCUGAAGAAACCCAUGUUGCACGAGAGACUCGCGAUGGUUGGGUCUGUAUUUCUCUAAGAGAUCUAUCUUCUGGCGGAACCGCUCCAUUAUAUUUCGUCUGCGCUUUGCCAGAAGGAGCUGGUUUCAAAAUCUCUUUGAAUGAUCCAAGUCCAUCAAUGGGUGCAUUCCCAGUUGGCUGCACAGUUGGAUCAUCAGCUACAAUAGAACCAGUUCAAGGGCUUCAUGGCGGUGGAGCAUGCAUGUGGCCAUCAGAUGGAGAAUAUAUUGGAGACGUUUAUGAUUGUAUCCAUACAAGUCCUCACAUAAAUUUGGCUGAAAAGUUCCCACAAUCCAACUAUGCUCCCACUGCUGAUGGUGUAUGCUGUCCCAGUCGCGCUCUUGCAUGUAUUCAACCUCAACUGACCGGUCCAAAUCCUUCUGAGCCACGUUGGUGGUACAACUCCGUCACUGGAACAUGCCAACAGUUCAUGUGGGAUUCUGGAGCAACUGAGGCCAAAUAUCACUCACCAAAUAAUUUCAAGACAAUUCAACAUUGCGAGUCAUAUUGUAGAGAUACUUGCCAACGUGGAUCUCCUCAAUAUUCCACUGAGUCCGCAGUUCACUCUGAACGUCCAAUAACAUCAUGUGCUGCCUCAGUUUCUUGUGCAAAUGAUUUUCAAUGUACCGCAAUUGGAAGUCAACAUCUCUGCUGUCCAACUCCUGGAUCAGUAUGUUCUGCAAAAGGAGGACGCCCAUAUGAUAUUCAGCCAAGAACUUCUAUUCAUCAUCCUGGAUUUAUGGUUUACACUGGAAAGGAAUCUAUCAGAUUUUAUUAUGAUCCUGGAACUGGAAGAUGCCAGGACUUUGUCUAUAAGGGUGCUGGUGGAAAUUAUAAUAAUUUCCUUUCGAAACAUGAAUGUGAAAUGUACUGUGCAAGAUUACAAUGCGAAAGAGGAUCCCCACUGAGAAUUGGAGAAGAAGCCCAAAGAUGCCAAAACAAUGCUCAAUGCCCAUCUUCACAUGAAUGUAAAGCUGAUCAAGGAGUUUGCUGUCCUAGAAAACAAACCAUUUGCGCUCAACCAUUGCGUAUUGGAGAUUGUACUGAAAAUGUGAAAAGAUAUUGGUACAACGCCAGAACUAGGCAGUGUCAGAUGUUCGAGUAUACUGGUUGUCAGGGAAAUGAUAACAAUUUCGAUUCAAUCAUGGAUUGCCAAAACUUCUGUAAAAAUGCUAUUCCGGAACCAAAAUGCAUCCAAGGCCAAGCUUACAAAGAUAUGUUCGGAAACUUUGUGACAUGUUCCAAUGGAAUGGGAUGUCCUGCAAAUUACGAGUGUUACUUUGAUGGAAGUCAAUGGGGAUGCUGUCCCACAAAAGCAUUCACAUGUUCUCUCAACACAGAUUCAGGAAUUCAAUGUGGAGCUGGAAGCACAUUCAAAUACUAUUACAAUCCACAAACUCAGAACUGUGAAUCUUUCCAGUACAAUGGAUGCGACGGAAAUUCAAAUAAUUUCGCAAAUCGAGACGCCUGUGAAUCUUAUUGUAGUGUAGGUGGAUGUCCAAACGGUGGAACUCCAUUACGAGAUCACUCUGGAAUGGUUAUGGUAUGUGGAGCUCAACAGACAUCAUGCCCAGACUCUCACGAAUGUAUUCCUGUCCUUGUCGGUAAUUCAUUGAUCAAUCGAUGUUGUCCAACUCGUGCCUACAUGUGUGGUCUUCCACCUCAGCAGGGAACACAGUGUGGAGCUAAUUACGUUCAGAGAUACUAUUUUAAUAUUGUAACAAGUCAAUGCACAUCAUUCCAAUUUGGAGGAUGCGAUGGAAAUGCAAAUAACUUUUUAAAUAUUCAACAAUGCAGAAACUUCUGUAUGAGUAAUGCUUGUCCAGCUGGAAAUGUUGCUUAUGUCGAUCCAAACUCUCAAAUGCCAAUUAAUUGUAAUGAGGCACUAAGCAAUAGUUGUCCAUCUGGAUAUGCUUGUACCUUCAAUCCACUUAUCAAUAAUCAUGUUUGCUGUGGAGCAACUGAUUCUGGAGUUUGUCCAGAAGCCGAGAAAGCAUUUAUUGAUACAAUUGAUAUGUCACCAAGAGAAUGUCUAAUCAAUAUUGAACAAUCUUGCCCAGCGAAUUAUCUUUGUAGAUUCAAUAUGCAGAAGAAUAAGUAUUACUGUUGUUCAAGUAUCACUGGAAAAACAUGCCCCGUUGGAAAGUUCCUUUACAAAGAUCUACGAACAUCUCAACCAAUUAGAUGCACAAUCGGACGAAAUGAUCAAUGUCCCGAUGGAUUCACUUGUCAAAGUUAUCUUGCCAACGCAUUCCAAGGAUUCUGUUGUACUGCAAAUUCAGUUUGUCCAGAUAAUGCUGAUUACCUUAUUGAUGAUCAAUCUCAACAACCAAGAGCUUGCACUCAAGGAACUUUUGUUUCGUGCCCCAAUGGAUAUGCUUGCAGAUCAUUGACCUCAUCCGCAGACGGUUUCUGCUGUAAAUCUGGAACAGGAGCUCUUCCACCAUCAGUUACAGAUGGGUGUCCUCCAAAUGAGUACGUGUAUCUUGUUCAAGGAGAAAUUGCUCAGUGUGAUCCAUUCAAUCCACCGAAUGCUCCAUGUCCAUCUGAGUUUACGUGCCAAUGGUCUCUUUCCAAUCAACGUUACCAAUGCUGUGGUUCCAACCCUGCUCCAACCCCUCAAAGACCUUCUGAUGGUUGCCCGAAUGCUCAGAUUGCGUUCAGAGAUGCAGACGCUGUUAGAGUUUGUAGCGCUGGAGCAGCAAAUUGCCCAGCUGGGUAUUUCUGUCAAUUCUCAAGUUCCAACAAUCAAUUCCAAUGUUGUGGAGUUAGUGGUGGUUGUCCUGAAGAAUCAGUUGCCUUUGUGGGAAUGUCAGGGGAACCAGAGAAAUGCGUUGUUGGGCAAUCAAACUGUCCACGGGGAUUCGCAUGUCAAAAGUCAUUAGCUGGACACCAUGUCUGCUGUACAGUGAGAAAAGUUGCCUGUGAAUCAAAUGAAGUGAUAAUCGAGGGAGAAUGCCAUGCACAAGUUGGUCCUGGAAGUGAAUGUCUUGCAAAUGAGCAAUGUACUGGUGGAUCUGUUUGUGAAGAUGCUAAAUGUGAAUGUAGACCACCGUUGAAGGCAGUUGGUGGAUUCUGUCAAGAAGAGAUUCAAUGCUCUUCCAAUCAAGUACUUCAUAACGGUCUGUGCCACAACAAAGCAAAACUUGGAGAAGCCUGUCUAACAGUUCGUCAGUGUCAAGAAAAUUCAGGUUGUAUUGAAGGGUCCUGUGAAUGUAAGAAAGGAUUCAUUGAGAAGGCUGGAAAAUGUAUGACCCCGGUAGAGAAGAAAUCCGCUGUAUCUUCUAAGUCUAUCAAUAACGGAGUCACUUGCUCAAAACCAGGAUGGAAUCCACUUAUCGAUGAAGAACACGAGAGACCGAAACAUUGUUCACCAAUUGGAAAAGCUUGUCCAAAUGGAUAUGAAUGUCAGAUUAAUAAUAGAAGAACUCAAUAUCUUUGUUGUGCUCCUGACAUGUCAAUGUCAUCAACUGUUUCAAUUCCUUCCUUGCCGCCUCCAUCGACAACUACAACAGAAAGGAUAAUGACCACAAAAAAAGCGAAUCUGAAAGUUUGCCCAACUGGAAGAACCCCUUACCUUCUUAACGGUGCUCCACAAAAAUGCACAAUUUCGCGUUGUCCUGCAGGUUAUGAAUGUACAUAUAGAAAUAAUGGUUAUCAUUGUUGUUCAAUGGCCAACAAGCCAGGUCUAACUGUUGCUGGAACUACCGGAUCAGUUGUUUCAAAGUCAACUCCAUCUCCUGACCAAGAAAAGUGCCCACGUGGAAAUCCAUUGAUCUAUCCAUCUACAAGUUCUCCUGUACUUUGUCAACCAGGAAAAAGAGGAUGUCCAGUUGGCUUUGGAUGUGUGCAGAGCUCGACAUCCAAUAAUCAUAUUUGCUGUCCAUCUCGCCAUUCCGAUCGACCUGGAUAUCAAAGUGAAUCGUUCGGACUUGGAGCAUAUUACAGUAGAGGGCCACCAGCAGCCAUCAAUCCAUGUGAAGGGUACUUAGUUCUUGUAACAAGAGGUGUUAAUGGAAGAAUUGAGAAGAGAUGUGAAAGAAGCUGCCCGUUCCCUCAAAUCCCAAUCGGAGGAGUUUGUUACGAGCUCAAGAACAAAGCAACAUAAUUUUUUAUCACGUUAUCUACUGUUCCCCGAAAUCUCAUUCCUCGAAAUUUGAAAUGUCAAUUCUAAUGUUCCCCCUCUCUUCGUAAUGUCCACUCUUCGUGACCAGUGUGCGAGAGCAGAAUGUUGAUUACCUGACCCAUAUUUACAGUAUUCCGCACCUUGUUUGCCCCCGUUUUGACACGUUGAAGGAAUCGCCCUCCCCAACAUGUCUCCGACUUUAUCUCUUUUCUGUACCAUUUAUCACCACCCUAUCACCACGAACUCAUUUUGACAUCCGGCGCGGAGCGACGCACAUUUCUGUACUAUUGUGUUCCUCUUUUGUCGAAAUAUUGUCACCUUCCUUAUUAAUUUACUAUUAGUCACUAUUCUAUGAUUUCAACCAUUGUUUAAAAUUAUUAUUAUUAGUUUGCCAUACUCCUUCACUUCCUUAAUCCGUUAUGGUCACUCAAGACCUUUUUCUUCUAUUAUUAUUAUUAUUGCUCACUUCGUGUGCAGGUUCGUUCCACAAUCACCCCCAAAUUUGUUCUCAUCAACCCGGCAGUUAGUCAUGUGGUAGUUCGUAGGUACUAUGUUACCAAAUAAACUAU